GCAAAAGUUGCUUCGCUUGUAGUCUCUGAGGCUCCUCUUCGAUCAAACUAUGAUUGGAAAGCGGACUUGGCAUUUUGGAGAAACUGAAGCUCAAAUCCAGAAGAGCAUAAAACGAGAUACGGGCACUACGCAAGAGAGCCUGGGAUUCCGAAUUUGUGGCAUGCAGGUGUUCCAGCCUCCAAGAGGGGAAGUGUGGGAGCCGGAGCGCCGUCAAGGAAAACUUGUCACGGAUAAGACCAUGCAACGCAUCUUGAAAGGAUUUGCGUCCUCGAAUUACGGCUGGUGGGAAGUGUCCGAUUCGGACUGCCCGGAACCGAACGGUGCACUCGUUGAAGAAGUGUACGGAGGCGAGAGGGGAGUAAUAGCGCAGUUGAAGGAGCUUGAGAAGUGGUUUCAGACACAGACCCAUUUUCACUUCUAUUCGAGCUCUGUGCUGAUCAUAUAUGAUGGGAUACCCGAGCCUGCGGAUGCAGGGGUGACAGGGGACCACCCACCAGAUGGGAGAAGACGGAAACGGAAAGUCUCGGUUCAUCUCAUCGACUUUGCCCAUGUUGUGAAUGGAGGGGGAUCUGUUGACGUCAAUUUCCUCCACGGCUUGCAGUCUUUGAUAUGCCAGCUCACAGCAGUGCUUGAAAGUUAUCGGCAAUUGUCGUGUCCAGCAUGAGGGGACUUUUGUGCGGAAUAUGGUCGUGAUUGAGGUUCAGGCACAUCAAGGAAGGUUGUACUUUGGGUAUGUUGCAUUCUAAU